AUGGACAAAGACAUCUCGAUUGUUCUUUCAGGGCUUGUGGGCCUCCUGCUGGUGCUGACAGCUGAGGCCAGAGUUGGAGACUCCUCUCAGGUGCAAUUCUGCACUGAGACAGAGGAGUGUCUGCUGUUUGAUCCUAUUUGUGAGUUUGAUGGCGUGGAGGUUCGUAGCUACAGCUCCGUGAAGUGGAUUUCAACUAAUGAGUCAUCCAUGUUAAUGGAAUUUGCUGCAAUGAACCAGUUCAGACGACUAUACGACUACAUCCAAGGUUCUAACAAUCAAGAAGUGAAAAUUGACAUGACAUCUCCGGUUCUGCUGACUGUACCUGAUAAGAGAUGGUAUCAAAAGGGUCUCUUCUCAAUGAAUUUCUUGCUGCCAUCUGAACAUCAGGAAAACCCCCCCAAACCCACCAAACCCGGGGUGCACAUCCGUGAGACGCCUGACAUGCAGGUGUAUGUGCUGAGCUACUCUGGAUGGAUGACGACCUCUUCUAUCGACAAGGCCCUUCUGCUGCUGACCCAGAAACUGGACGCCAAGGGUGCAGGCUACAGAAAAGACAUCCGCUAUGCUGCGGGAUACAACAGGUAA